CUUUAGGGAAGGGGGUAGAGUGCAAAAUGGCGCUUGUGGUGCCGGGAGAAACAUCCAUAGUUUGCAUCCGAUAAGCAAGUGAAGACCAUGACAAGUCUCCAUAUACUUAACAUGAUUCUGCCUUAACAAAUUACUCAAUUUCAGUCUACCUCUCCAGCAGUAGUUUGGCAGUGGAGAAAUCAUUUGCAAGUUUAAUCAACUCCCAAGUUAAAAACAGUUAGGCAUUUUUUCAUCAAGUCUACGUCUCCGGAGAACGUCAUCGGGAGAUGUCCUCCCUCUGGGCUGAAGCAAUUGCUGUUUUGCCACCCAAGUUAGAGGAUAUACAUUUGGAAUUCAACAAAAUAGUGAACGAGAGCCUUGUUUUCUUAUUAAAGCAGACUGCAGCAUUACUUUAUGAAGGCCAGGAUAUUGCCAAAUGUUUGCAGCUCAGUCAGACCAUCAUAGACUUCUCCUGGGAAAAGCUCAACAUUGGAACUUGGAGGGAUGUGGAUAAAGAGUGGCGGAGAGUCUUUUCACAUGGCUGUCUCUUUAAGGCUGUGUGUCUGUGCAAAAAGGAGUCAGCAGUUAGAGAAGCAAUCAAAACUUGUGACAAGGGAUUGUUGAUGGGGAUGGCCAUAUUGGACAACAUUCUCAUCAGACUGGUUAAAGUCCUUCAGAAUCACAAUAAUCCCAAGAAGAGGGCUUUAGAAGAUGUUGGAUUUCAUCAGAAUUCAAGCCAAAAGAGGCUGCAGGUUGCUGUUCCUUGCAUAAAGGAGAUCCAAGCUGGAAUGGAAGUUCCAAGGAUCCAUUGUCCUUCACUGGAACAUUUCAGAGCUCAGUAUCUCGUUCCCCAUAAACCUGUCAUACUGCAGGGCAUUGUAGAUCAUUGGCCUGCUGUAAGGGACAGCAAAUGGAGCGUGGAAUAUAUCCAUGAGAUUGCAGGCUGUCGCACUGUCCCCGUAGAACUGGGCUCCCGCUACACAGAUGACGAAUGGUCCCAGACUCUGAUGACUGUGGGUGAAUUCAUUGACAAGUAUAUAUUGCAUCAGGAGGAAGGGAACCCCAUAGGAUAUUUAGCUCAACAUCAGCUGUUUGAGCAGAUCCCAGAGUUGAAACAGGAUAUCCAAAUACCAGAUUACUGCUGUCUAGGUGACACAGAUGAAGACGAGAUCACCAUAAAUGCCUGGUUUGGGCCAGGGGGAACAAUUUCUCCUCUGCACCAGGAUCCACAGCACAACUUUCUGACGCAGGUGGUGGGACAAAAAUACAUUCGCCUGUAUUCACCAGAACAAAGCCCAAAGCUGUAUCCCCACCCAACAAAGCUCCUGCACAACACCAGCCAGGUGGAUGUAGACCAACCAGAUUUGGUGAAUUUUCCGGAGUUUGAGUCAGCAGAGUUCCAGGAAUGCAUCCUGAGCCCUGGAGAUGUGCUUUUUAUCCCAGUCAGCUACUGGCACUACGUAAGGUCUCUGGACGUCAGCUUCUCUGUCAGUUUUUGGUGGUCCUGAUUGUUGCUCCUGGAAUGUGGAACUUCGAGGAGUGGGGAAAUGAUGUGUGAAUUCUGAAGCUGAAUGUGAAUGCAUCAGCAAUUGGCCUGACAUAAAAAGAAACUGAGCGAGAGAUUGGGAGAGACGGACACUGAAGAAAACUGCAAAAAGGUGCAAGAUCAGUGAGGGAAGGCAGGCUUUGUACAGAAGUUUGAUCAUUACUGUACCAGUAAUCAAACAAUUUUCUCAGUGCAGCUGCCAGCAGCUUCUAGAUUAUACUACAUUUCAUCAUCAGGAGCAUCUCAGCACCACUGGGUGCAGAUUUCUAACAACCAUUUACAUAGAGCCCACCUCCAGGCAGCUGCUGGACCUGAGUGGACAAGGCAUCCUACCAAGACACGGAAAAACCCAAGAGGCUUUGAAGGCUUUUAAACUGCAUCAGUGGGUUUAAUGCAAAACAUCUUUCAUUAGAUCAAUCAAAAUUAAAGGCUAAGUAUUCAGUUAAAGUAUUCAAUCAUAUUGGUAUUUUGUUAUUGUGUAUCUAUGGGGAUAAAGCUCUGAGUAACAUUUCUCUAGAUAACUUGACAGAUCUGUUCAGAAUGCAGAAAAACCUUUUUCAUGAAAGAGUAAAGGAAAAUAAUAUUCCCACUGAGUGAGGAGAAAUAGUUUUUUUCUAAGGCUAAAUCUUCCCACUCGGUGUGGUUCAGAACGAAUUGCUGCCCAAUUUAUCCCCCUCACUUGCACCGGCAUCAUAUGCCACUGUGUCCUAUGCUAGGUCUCCCAUUGGAGGUACUACACUGGAAUUGUUUGGGUUAUUGCGACCAGUUGGGAAUAUCUGUGCCUAGAUUGUUUGGCGGAUGAAUCCUCUAAUUGCCCUGCUCAUCUGGGUGCAGAAGAUUCCCUCCCUCAGUGAUUGAGGAGUGAAGUCCCCUCCUCUGACAGCAGAUUCAAUGAUGCAUCAGCUCACAGCGGGAGACUGGUGAUGCUGCUUCUCUCUCAGUACAACAGAGAGAGCUGCUGUAUAAUGUUGACAUGUGAAACGGUUUGGAAUAUUUUCAAACUUUCAAGGCAUUCUCUCAGCAAACCUUUGCUUUGCAUUCAGACAUGAGUUGAUUUAUGUUUGGGAGAGGAAAACCAUGAAGAUGGUAAUGAGGUUGGUGCUGAAUUGGUUUUAUUGUAUCGCUGUGAAAACUGCAGAAUAAUAGUGCUGGUGUUUAAGAAUACUGUGUGAAGAUGGAAAUGGAGCUGUACAGGAGGAGUAACUUCACGGUUGAAUACUCUGCUAACACUCAUCCUUCAUUUUUAAAUUGAAUUUGCUAAAUUGGUCACUGGCAGUGAGAUACAGUGGAAAAACUUCUCUUGCAUACUGUUCGUAUAGAUCAAUUCUUUACAACAGUGCACUGAAAUAGUUUUAAGUAAAACAAUCACUGCAGAAUAAAAUGUUAUAGUUACAGAGAAAGUACAGUGCAAGUAGACUAAAAGGUGCGAUGUUAUAUCGAGGUAGACUGAGGUCAGGAGUCCAUCUUACUGUACUAGGGGAUUGUUCAAUAUAGUCUUCCAACAGCAGGAUAGAAGCUGUCCUAGAGCCCGGUGGUACAUACUUCCAUGCUUUUGUAUCUUCUGCCCAAUAGGAGGAGGGAGAAGAGAGAAUGUCCAGGGUGGAUAGGGUCUUUGAUUAUUCUCGCUGCUUUACUGAUGCAGUGAGAGCUUUAGACAGAGUCCAUGGUCGGGAGGCUGACUGCAGUGAUCUGCUGAGCUGUGUCACAACCCUCUACAGUUUCUUGCAGUCAUGGGCAGAGCAGUUGCAUACCAGGCCAUGAUGCACUGGGAUGGAUUCCCUUCCAUGGUGCAUCAAUAAAAAUUAGAGUCAAUAGGGAAUGCUAAAGACCUUCAGCUUCCUGAGGAUGUAGAGACACUAUUGAGUUUUCUUUGCCGUGGCAUCAACGUGGUUGGACCAGGGCAGGCUGUUGGUGAUACUCACAUGUAGGAACUUCAAGCUGUCAAUCCCCUCAAUCUCAGCACCACUGAUGUAAGCAAGAGCAUGUAUCUUGUCCCCUUCGUAAAAUCAAUAACCAGCUCUUCUGACCUUAAGUGAAAGGUUGUCGUCAUGACACUAUGUCACUAGGCGCUAUCUCCUUCCUGCAUUCCAACUUGCCAUUAUUUGAGAUACGGCCCACUGCACUGGCAUCAUUUGUAAACUUGUAGCUGGAGUUCGAGAAGAAUCUGGUCACGCAGUCAUGAGUGUACAGGCAGUAGAGUAGGGGUUCCAGGAUAUGCAGUGUUGAGAAUAAUCAUGGUGAAAGUGUUGCUGCCUAUCCUUACAGAUUAUGGUCUGUUGGUCAGGAAGUCAAAGUCCAGUCUCAAAGGAAGGCGUUGACUCCCAAGUCUAGGAGUUUACUGAUAAAUUUGCUUGGAAUUAUAGUAUUGAAGGUGGAGCUGUAGUCAGUAAAACAAUAGUCUGACGUAGGUGUCAUUACUGUCCAGGUGCUCCAGAGGGCACCACGGUAGCAUAGCAGUUCACGCAACAGUAUUACAGCUCUAUUCUAACACCGUCUAUAAGAAGUUUGUAUGUCAUUCUUGUGAGUGCGUGGGUUUCCUCCAGGUGCUCCGGUUUCCACCCACAUUCUGAAGACAUACCAGUUAAUAGGUUAAUUUGUCAUCCAAAGUUCAAAGUAUAUUUAUUAUCAACUUUAUACAACUUUGAGAUUUGUCUCCUUACAGGCAGCCAUGAAACAAAGAACCCCAAUCGAACCCAUUAAAAAUAAAUCGUGCAAACAAUAAAGCAAGCAAACAGCAUUCAGAUCUGAAGUUCACAAAGCCAGGCAUCAUUGCAGCCGAUUCAGAAGGCCUCAGUCCAGCACAGAGUCGAGCAAACCCUGCGGAGCAGCGAGCCGAACUGGCCCCGUCUCUUGCCUUUGACCCCAGCACCCCAAACAUUUCGAUCCCGCCCGAUGCUUAAAUCGUCCAAACUUCAGCUCGUUCCUCACCCUCGGGCUCAGGCUCCGUCACCUCAAUAAGGUCAGUACCCGACCUUCCCAAUUCAGCUCAGCUCUUCAAUUGUACAAAUCUCUGAUCUUUCCUUGCCUUGCCUCGGCUCCGCCUCAUCGAAUUGCCUCCAAGUCCGCUCCAACAACUCCAGCCUGGACAUGCUGCAAUUGUUCUGCCCCAGCGAGACUCCAGUCAUACCACAGGAACACCAGAUCGUAUAGGCGAUUCCAUUCAACUCCAAAAGGGCAGCCACAGGCCACCAUUUGCAGCGAUCGUUUGUCAGAAAAAGUGUGAAUAACAAAGUAUAUAGUCGGUUUUUUUUGCUCCAUUGGCCACCAGCAAGUUGGAAGUACAGGCAGUCCCCAGGUUACGAAUGAGAUCCGUUCCUAAGUCUGUCUUUAAGUUGAAUUUGUAGGCAAGUCAGAACAGGUACAUACGGUUCUUAUUUAGCAUCAGUUGGUCAAAUGUUUGUCUCAGUAUAGAGUAUAUAUUUUACCAUUCCAUGCAGAGCUUUUCUUUUUCUCGUCAUAAAUGGCCUUGUAGCAGCUGAGGCCCUCGGUAACUGUACGGUAAACUUUGGUGAACCUCUCUGUAUUAGGAUCUUGCUCCUCUAACUUUACCAUCCCUGCUUCAAUGAGACAAAAGGCUUCAGCUAACUCUUUUGUCAAAAACUUUUUCGGUUCUGGAGUUUUUAGGUCCCAGUCUUCUUCCUCAAAUGCUAUCAUCACUUUAUCCUUUAAAAUUGUUCCGAUCGUUGACCGACUGUAGCCUAACGCUUUUCCAAUGACCAAUGGCGUUUCACCUCUUUCCGAUUGCUUUAUUAUUUCCACUUUAUUUUCAAUCGUGAUCAUUUUCCCUUUUUUUGAUGCAUCACCAGCACUUGCAUUGGAUUUACGCUUUGGAGGCAUGGUUACAAGGGUAAGUAAGAGAAAAAUUUAAGCCAAAUACAAAGUUACACACUCAACACAGUGUUAACAGCAACGUGAUCCGACUUAAAAUGGCGGACAGCGUUCUCCUUCCUCGAGCCGAUGAACCGCUGAAGCCACGCAAUCUUUUCAUGAGCGUCACAAAGUAGUGCAUGCGUUCGUUAUUACGAACCAUUGUAUUUAACUCAAAUUUUUAAUAAGCUUUAUGACAGUCCACUCGUAAGUAGGAGUUGUCCGUUAAGUCAGACGUUCGUAACCCAGGGACUGCCUUUAGUGCCAUCCUAAACCAGAAGAUGUAAAUUGUCCUGCGAUUCAAUUAGGGUUAAAUAGGUAGGUUGCUGCGCCAUGCAGCUGAUUGGGCCAGAAGGGCCUGUUCCACGAGGUGAGAGUAAGGCCAGGGAGAUGGCAUCUGGCAAGUUGCAAUGUUCAGGUUGUCUGAGAGUUAAUGCUUGUCAUGACGGCCUCUCAAAGCACUUCAUGAUGGUGGAUGUCAGAGAUACUGGACAGGAGUCAUUACUGCACAUUACUUGUUUUUCUUUGGCACCAAGGUGAUAGUGGUCUUCUUAAAGUUGGUGGGAACUUAAGACUGAAGCAGGGAGAGGUUAUAAAUUUCUGCAAACACUCCCGCCAGCUGAUCUGAACAGGAUCUACAGACAUGGCCAGGGACACCAUCAGGGCCAGAUGCUUUCUGUGGAUUCACUCUUCAAUAGACUGAUCUUAUAUAUGCAAUAAUGACUGCGGGUUCAUGUGCCCAACCAGAAGGCCUGGAUAACAGCAGUCUGUUGAGGGCUAGAUCUGAGUGUUCAACACUGGCAAUCCAGAACCAUAGAAGACAUUCAGGUAUGACCUGUGGGUACAAGGGGGAUGGCAGAGGUUUUUCCACACAGGGCGGUGGGUGCAUGGAAUGCACUGCCAGCGAAGGUGGUAGAAGCAGAUUAAAUAGGGUUUUUUAAGAGAAUCUUAGAUAUGUACAUGGAGCUUAGAAAAAUAGAGGGUUAUGUGGUAGGGAAAUUCUAGGCAGCUGCUGGAGUAGGUUACAUGGUCACACAAUAUCGUGGGCUGAAGUGAUUGUAAAGUACUGUAGAUUUCUGUGUUUCUAUGGAAAUCAAUGGGGCAAAAAGACAGUAUCAUAUGAAAUUAGAGACAAUCGGAUCUACAACAGCUGGGGCAGGGUUUGCAUGCCAUUACUUCCUAUAAGGCAAAGGUUAACAGCAGUGAGUCUUCACUCCCUGAUGAGUUCAAUGUCUUCUAUGCACACUUUGAAAGGAGAAAUAACACUGCACCUGUGUGAAUCCCCUUGGCAUCUGGCGACCCUCUGAUCUGACCUGGAGACCAAUGUCACAAUAACUUUCAAGAGGGUGAACAAUCCCAAGCUGUUAGGCCCCAGUUGUAUACCUAGCAGGGCACUGAAAACCUGUGCUAACUGGAGUGUUCAAGGACAUCUUCAACUUCUCACUGCCACCAGCAUCAAUCAUACCAGUGUUCAAGAAGAACAGGGUGAGCUGCUUCAAUGACUAUUGCUGGUAUAUUUGUUCUAGAUCGCCAAUUUUCUUUUACCCUCGCCCUUCCCUCUUCUUCAUUUCCCCAUUCUGCCCCCUCCCCACCUCUCCAUGGUCCACUUUCGUACCAGAAUCCUUCUUCUCCAGCCUUUACCUUUUCCACCUAUCGCUUCACAGCUUCUUACUUUUCCCCAUUCCCCCACCCACCUGUCUUCACCUAUUACCUUCUAGCUUGUAUUCCUUCCCCUCUCUCACCUUGUUAUUCUGGCAUAUUCCCCCUUCCUUUCCAUAGACGCCACCUGACCUGCUGUUCCCCCAGCAUUUUGUGUGUGCUGCUUGGGAUGAAGUGUUUUGAGAGGUUAGUCAUGGCUGGAAUUAAUGCAUGAGCAAAGACCUGGACUCACUGCAAUUUGCUUACUAUCAUAACAGGUCUACUGUGCUACAGUGGAUGCAGUCUCACUGGCUCUCCAUUCAGCUUUGGACCAUCUGGACAACAGCAAAACAUACAUCAAGCUGCUGUUUAUCAAUUACAGCUCAAUAUUCAAUACCAUCAUUCUGUCAGUACUAACGAACAAGCUAUGAAACCUGAGCUCUGUAAUUGGAUCCUCAGCUUUCUUAUUGGAAAACCAGUCAGUGUAGAUAGUUUAUAAGAUCUCCUUCUUACUGACACAGGUACACCUCAACAAUACUGCUUAGCUCACAGCAUACUCUCUCUGCAAACAUAACUGUGUGGCCAGGCACAGCACAAAUACUAUCUAUAAAUUUGCUGAUGACACCACUGUUGUUGGCAAAAUCUCAAAUGGUGAUGAAGGGGCAACGGGAAUGAGGUAGAUCAGUUAGGAGAGUGGUGCUGCAGCAAUAAUCUCGUACUCAUCAUCAGCAAGGAAUUCAUUGUGGAUUUAAAGAAGGGGAACACAGCAGUUAGCAGUGGAAAUGGUGAUCAGCUUAGUUCCUGGCUAUCAACAUUUCAGAAGGUCUAUCAUGGGCCCAAAGUAUUGAUGCAAUCACAAAGAAAACAUACCAGUGACGACUCUUCAUUUGAAACUUGAGAUUUUGUAAAAAAACUAGCAAAUUUCUACAGCUGUACUGUACGGAGAGCAUUCUGACUGGUUGCAUCACCACCUGGUAUGGAGGCUCCAAUGCACAGGAUCACAAGGGACCUGCAGGAUUAUAGACACAGCCAGUUUCAUCAUGGGCACAAACCUCCCCAGCAUGAAGGGCAUCAAGAGACGGUGCCUCAAGAAAAGCAUCACCCAUCAUCACAGACCGUCACCAUCCUAGAACAUGCCUUUUCAUUUUACUACCUACAUUCAAUAUUUUAGGAACAGCUGCUUUCUCCCACCCAUAUUUCUGACUGGACCAUAAACCCAUUAAAUUUACCUUUGUAUUCCUCUUUUGCACUAAUUAUAAUUUUGUAGCUUAUCGUAAUUUUUAUGUCGUUCACUGUACUACUGCUGCAAAAAAACAAAUUUCACAAUAUGUCAGUAAUAUCAAGCUUGAUUCCAAUUUGAGGCUGUUGGCACUCCAGUCCCCUUCUGUUCAAAGUGUGCUCAUUGGGAAUGGGUGUGUUGUUGUCAGCAAUGCCGCCUUACUCUUGUAGUCCACUAAAGCAUAUAAGCCCUUCCAUGGCUAACAGUUGGUCUGGGACUUGAUAGCUUUACAGUGGUCAUAUUUUGUAACGAUCAUUGUUAUCUUAACACUGCAGUUCUAGACUUGAUUAGGGCAUGAAUUUCCUAGCUUAUCUCUGAUUUCUGGUUUGGAAACACUCAGAUUGUCCUCUUUAGGACAUAGUCUUAAAUACAUUUGCUGAUAAAGUCCAUCUCAAUGAUGACACACAUCUAGGUUGGUUGUUGAGUCUUUGACUAUAGUCUACCAGCUCAAAGCAGUGACAUAGAAGCUCAUCUAAUUCCUCAGACUAGCACUGAAUGACUUUUUGUAUUGGAUCCUCACAGUUCAGCUUGUUUUUAAUGCAGGGAGAAAGAGCACAGCCUUGUGAUCUGAUUUGCUAAAGUGGUGUGUGUCUGUGCACUCCCAUGUGGCAGUUGGACACUAUGCUGUUGGUAAAAGAAAUCUUCAAAAUUCACACCUUUUCCUCAAACCCCUCUAAAUUCUAUUUUCCUUUUUGUGGAUACACAAACUGACCUGCAUGAAUGGAUGCAAAACAGUCUUGGUGACAGGAGGCAGAGGAUAGUAGUGCAAGGGUAUUUCUCUGAUUGGAUCCACAGGAUCGAUGCCGGGAACUUUGCUUUUGGGAUAUAAAUAAAUUGGAUAUGAAUAUAGGUAUGAUUAAUAAAAAGUAAUUGUAAAUGACAUAAAAAUAGGUGUGGUAUAGAUAGUGAGGAAGGUUGUCUAAGGCUACAGCAGAUUACUGGAGGAACAUUGGCAAAUGGAAUUUAAUCCUGAUAAGUGCAAGGUGAGGUAUUUAUGCAAAUGUGAUAGGACAUGGUAAUCUACUAAGAUGUAUUAAUAAACCGAAACUGAGAAUUCCAAAUCCAUAGCUCCCUGAAAGUGCAACACAGGUAGACAGGGUGAUGAGGAAAGUAUAUACAAUGCUUGCUUCAUAGGUUGGAGCAGAGGACAGGAGUUGUGAUGUUGUGUUGCAACUUCACUAAACAUUAAGCCACAUUGUGAGAAGGAUGUGAUUGCCUGAAGAGACUGGAUAGGCUGGAGAGACUGGAUAGGUUGGUCUUGUCUUCAUGGCCUAGGAGUGACUUGACUAUAUGAGGCAUAGAUGAGUGUGGAUUGUCAACUGUUUCAUGAUAGGUGUAUCAAAGCACAAGAGGGUAUAGUUUUACGGUG